AUGUUCUUAUUGCUGUUCCACAGAACUUUGUCCCCCAGGACACUUCUGGCCCGAGCAUUCUCUGUCCUGAGAUGCUUGUGUGCUGAUGAAAAGUCUAAGCUGCCUCGAGUAAAGUGGUUUUAUGCAACAGAUAUCCCGAUACGGAAGCCCGCUUGGUUCGAGUAUAAGAAAGAAAAAGACCCGGAAAAGUUCAUCCCGUUCUCGGAAAACGACUCUGAGCGCUUGGAGAAGGCUUUUCGCAAUUAUUAUGACAAAACUGACAAGAACAACUCGACCCAAUCUCGGUCGGUAGAUGUUAAUGAAGAUCGACUAUUCAAAGUUGAUUUGGAAAAGUUUGAAUUGCUGCCUGUUUUCUGGGACGGUCCGGUGUUCGAAGUGAGACGAGGAACUUGGUUUUACAGAGAUGGUAUUCCGCUUUCUCGAAAAUUGGCACAGAAGAUUGAGGAUGGAUACCAGAAACGAAAGCACCUUCUUCGUGGACGUGAUUCUGUUAAGGAUAACUGGAAACUUGUAAAAGAAUACAAACAAAAAGUCCAAAGAUUUAAUGACGAGUCUGCUAUCCAGAAGAAGGAAAAAAUCUCAGAUGACUCUGACUAUGAGGAUAUAGUGGAUUUGGGAGAUGGAAGCUUGGUCUUAUAUUGUACUGAUUGCGAUGCAGUCAUUUUCCGGGACGACAUGAAAACCAAGUUCAACUUGGAGGUGCUUCGGAACCUUGGACCCACUCCAGCCUCGCUUCUCUCUGUCCAGAAAUUGCAAAGAGGAUUUACAGAUGAUCUCACCGAAACUAUUCUCGAUAGUUUACCUUCAAAUCCACUUCCAGAAGUGAGCGAGAUAUUUCAAAAUGAAGUUACAAAAGUGCUCGAUCCGUCCAGUACCAAGCCAGAAAUGCUUUCAGACGAAACACAAAAUCGUCAGGAGAAGAACGAGAUAGAAAGUGACUACGACCAUAACUUAUCCCAGAAUGACGCUGAGAGAGAAAUUGAUCAUCUAAUCCUUUGUGUCCAUGGUAUAGGUCAAGUUUUGGGUUCAAAGUAUGAGUCUAUCAACUUCACCCAUAGUGUAAACGUCAUGAGAAACACCAUGAGAUCGGUGUACGAGAGCGAAGAAGAGUACCAUAAAAUGGCAUACGGGGACAAAGAUUCUUCCGAACGCAAAAGGAAUAAUCGAAUCCAAGUGCUUCCUAUCUCCUGGAGACACAAGAUUGAUUUCCACCCCAAAAAGGCUUUGGAAGAGGUGGACGAUGAAGGUGAAAACCGACUUCCUGCGCUCUCCGAGAUAAACGUUGAUGGUGUAAAACCACUACGUAACCUAGUAGGUGAUGUUGCCCUUGAUAUCUUACUUUACUACGAUCAAAAGUAUGUGGAUCAGAUCUUCAAGACAGUAACCGAAGAGCUCAACAGAGUGUAUUCUUUGUACAUGGAAAGAAAUCCAAAUUUUAAGGGCAAAAUUCACAUCAUGGGACAUUCGCUUGGUUCUUGCAUAGCAUUUGACAUACUAGCUGCUCAACCAGAAGACGUUGACAAGGACAAAAUUGACACUUCAAAGCAUUUGAAAUUUGAUGUUGAGAACUUGUUCUGUGUUGGGUCACCGGUAGGAAUGUUCAAACUCCUCGGGCGCAAGAACAUCGUUCGUCGUUCUGCUAAAAACUCAGAUCUGGUUGAAGACCUUGUUUCACCAAAGUGCGAGAGGAUCUACAACAUUUUUCAUCCAUGUGACCCUGUGGGCUACCGUAUGGAACCGCUUAUCAAAUCAAGAUUUGCCAAAUUCAAAACCUGA